UUCCUGCGGGUGUGAUCGCCGUGGCUCUGCUUUGUAUGGAAGUGGUGGGGGACUUUUGACAGCGGCAGCGCUGUGGGGAAACAAACAAGGACGCGGUCGGCGGGUCGGCGGCUCUUCUUCACCCUCCUGCUCCUCGCUCCUCUCUCGAUCUGGCACCGAAGACUCCCGGGGACAUGGCGGCUUCGGAUCGGGCUGUUUAUGGGAAGUCUGAUGAUUGAAAGUGGCGGCCGCCUGCUCCGCCACCGCAAUGGUCGACAUGGAGAGCCACUACCAUCCCCCUUCUCCCCUGGAGGACUCGGUGCUGGGCAGCCCCCUGUGCACUGAUGACGACUUCAUGGAAGGCAUGGAGGAGCUCCAGGACAUCUCCCAGUCCAUUGACAAUGAUGGCCUCAGCUCCUUCGAUGUCCCUGAAUACCAGUCCUCCAGCAAUGGGUCGGAAGGGUCCACUCUCCUAGAUGCCCUGACGCCGGCGUCCAGCCCCUCGUCGGUUGUUUACGGGAUGUCAGUGGGCCAAGAGGAGUUCUCGUCUACCUCCUCAUCGCUCAGUCUGGAGUGUCGAGUGUGUGCUGACCGCGCCUCGGGCUACCACUACGGAGUCCACGCCUGCGAGGGCUGCAAGGGUUUUUUCCGGCGGACCAUCCGUCUGAAGCUGGAGUACGACAAGUGUGAGCGCCGCUGCAAGAUCCAAAAGAAGAACCGCAACAAGUGCCAAUACUGCCGCUUCCAGAAGUGCCUGUCAGUGGGCAUGUCCCACAAUGCCAUCCGUUUUGGUCGGAUGCCUCAGUCGGAGAAGCUGAAGCUGAAGGCGGAGAUGGUGACGGGGGAGAGAGAGCUGGGAGACCCUCAGGUCGCUGACCAGAAGACGCUGGCCAGGCAGAUUUACGAGGCCUACCUCAAGAACUUCAACAUGAACAAGGCCAAGGCUCGAACCAUUCUCACCGGAAAGACCAGCACCCCUCCGUUCGUCAUCCAUGACAUGGAGACCCUCCAGCUGGCAGAGCAGACGCUGGUGGCCAAGAUGGUCGGCUCUGUGGGAUCGAUAAAGGACAGGGAGGCAGAGGUUCGGAUCUUCCACUGCUGCCAGUGCACGUCGGUGGAGACCGUCACGGAGCUCACAGAGUUUGCAAAGUCCGUCCCCGGGUUCUCGAGCUUGGACCUCAACGAUCAGGUGACUCUUUUGAAAUACGGAGUGCACGAGUCUCUCUUUGCCAUGCUGGCCUCCAGCAUGAACAAGGACGGCCUCCUGGUGGCGUACGGCUCAGGCUUCAUCACGCGGGAAUUCCUCAAGAGCCUGCGGCGACCGUUCAGCGACAUGAUGGAGCCAAAGUUCCAGUUUGCCAUGAAGUUCAACACGCUAGAGCUGGACGACAGUGACCUGGCUCUGUUUGUGGCUGCUAUCAUCUGCUGUGGAGACCGACCCGGCCUGGUGAACGUGGAGCACAUCGAGCAGAUGCAGGAAAGCAUUGUGCAGGUGCUGCAGCUCCACCUGCUGUCCAAUCACCCAGAUGACACGUUCCUCUUCCCCAGGCUGCUGCAGAAACUCGCCGACCUCCGGCAGCUCGUCACUGAGCACGCACAGCUAGUGCAGGAGAUCAAAAAGACAGAGGACACGUCGCUGCACCCGCUCCUGCAGGAGAUCUACAGAGACUUGUACUGAAGUUUGUGGAGGAGUAAUCCAGGAGAGGCACUUUGCAAACCAGCUCCUUUUUUUUUUUCAGGGACAGAAGAAGAUGUCCUCCAUAAGCUAGGGUUGAACCACUUACACCUUCCUAAUGCAGCAGGAGUUAGUUUUGGUCAGCACAAGAGCUCCUGUCCAGGUCCAAGUGAGAAGUCUUGAAUUCUCUUGGUUUGGCCCAGUGCUCUCCACUCCCAGGCAGAACAGUUGUGAUGUCCAGCUGAUCGAGCCCCUGUCUAGACACCGGUGUAUUCAACCUCUGACCAAAACGCUAAACUAAAAUCCUUUACGAGAUCUCCAUGGUCAUAUCCCCACCCUGAACUGUAUGAGAUGACAGCAGAUGAACUUGAUAGCAGUUGUUUGGUAGUAUGUUUGAAAGUAGAUUUAUAUACUGAUGUCAAAGAGCCAUAAACCUUCUCAGAGAACAGCACCCAGAUGACACCUGUGGCAGCAGCAACAUUAAAACAGAGAUGAGACAGUUUUCAGUCAAGGCAGCUUCUGACAAAUUUACUACAAGGUGUUAUGGUCAUAUACAGAGACAUGGAGAUUUCAAGAGUAAUGUCAUGGUAAUACAAGAAUACAUUUGUGACUGAGAAAAAAGUCCUCAGUAUUAGGAGAAUAAAGAAGUCAUGAUUCUGGGGAAAUAAGCAGCAAAGAGAACUCCUUUAAGUGGCCCCAAUAAUGCAUUGAACAAAUUAGCUACUGGUGAAGGAUGGUUAUCCAAUCACAAGCCCUCCAGCAAGUUCUAUAGCCAUAGACAUAACUGUCACCAGGCUCCUGAAAAUAAACAUGUAUUAGUACUUUAAGUCCUCAAAGCCAUACUUUGUUUAUAAUGAUGGUGGAAAUGAUCCUCGUUCUUCGUUUUGUUUUCUCCUUAUUACAAAACAGCCUCACGAUUCAGUACGGAUUAUCCUCACUUACACUUCGAUUCCACAAACUGAUCACGCAAUAGUAUUUUUUACACUUCAGAAUAGAGAAGCGGAAUCUUACAAGUUUAUGAAGACAAAAGGUUUUUGCAGACUGAAAUGACCACAGGUGCAGAUUCACUGUGCACAAGUACCAUGGUGCAAAUCUGAAGCACAACUACACCUGUGAUGUGUCAAUGUAAUAUUUUUUACUGGACCUCUGUUCCCUGCCUGUUUGGCGAAACACACGCACAGACGUUUGGCACUCCAUCCUGUUCUGUGUCCUGGUAUUCAAGGGCUAACACCGAGAUCAACCGCAUUACAACCUUAAUACUGGCAGGGCGGAUUUGCAGAGAAUUAAUCUGUUUCUUAAUUUCUCCUUUGUUAAAGUCCCGUUCCACAGAAUUACAUCUCAACUUGUUUUUUUGUCUCACUCCUCUCUCUGCUUCUACUGUGUUUGACUGGCUGUGUUUGGUCCUCAUAAUGUGCGGUUGAUUGAGAUUCGAAGGGGUCAUCUAUGCGCAUGUUUCUUACCUGAUGGCAAAAGCAAAGCGUUCUUCUUUUCUCCUUAAAAGAGAAGAAUGAUAGUAUGCUGAAGUUUUUCAUCAUCAGAAAAGAAUCUUUUUGGGUGAGAAAUGUUCUGUGUUGGUCAUUUACGGCAAACAGUCAAACCAAAAGACAAACAUGUGGCCAUCUGCUCUUAUUCGACUCAGAGAGAGUAAGAUGAAGCCAGUCAGACAACAUGGGUUAUUUUUCAGAAUAAGACAAGUAUAAAAACUGUACUGUAAAGAUGGAUGGACCAAAUACAUUUCCAUGUGGUAUCAUUUAGAUGUUUUCUUUGUGUCCUCCAUCUGUUCUGAUGAACUGUGCAUUUGAAAAGGCCACUCCUCUAUGUUGUCAUGUCGCAUUUAGUGAAAAAAACAAGUAAAUAAGUUGAAAAUGCUCUAGAGAUGACUUUCACUAAAGGAAUGUUGAUGGUUGAAACAUGCAUGUGUAAUAGUUUGGAUAAUAUAGAGUAUAUGUGGACCUGUGAGCGAAUGCUCUCCUAUCCCCCUCAUCUGCUUCUCAUCCAAAACCUCCUUAUAUCACCAUGAAUUGAUUUGAAAUUCAGUCACGAGGAACAGACCUUGUUUAUAAUCGCAGUGAACUGUAAAUAGCUGAAGCGAUCACGCCGACCCCUCGCCCUUAGCUUUUUAACCCUUGAGGUAUACAAGGUACUAAUGAUGAUCAACUUUUGUAUCCCUCAGUUAGGUAUAAAUACUUUUAAAUGUUUUAAAAAAAUUUACUAUAGGUGUAGUCACGUACUGUAUUGUUUAUUCUCUUAAAUGCCACAUUAAUUGUGCUUUGGAUGAUUGAAUUGGAUCAUAUUUUUAUACUAAAGUUAAAAUGUACUGUAUAUGUCUAAAUCAGAUUAUUGUUUAUUUGAGACGGCACAGUUUGAAGCGUGCGGUGUAAAUAGAUUUGAGGGUGAUAGGGCGACUGGUAAUCUGAAUACCCACAGAUCUGAAUCCCAUCGGGGGACAUUCCUAUUAAUUAAUCGUUGAUUUCUAGAUAAUUGCAUUCAGUUCAUUUCAGCUGCACUUCAUUUAUCAGUUCAAUUAAGCGCUUAUGAGAGAAAGUGAAAGCACACAGGGAUGUGCACAGGAGCUCAUGACUGAUUAAAACUUGACCUCUGAAUAAGACAUUUACCUUUUGAAAGGUCAAAAUACAACUCCGCACUGAUCACACAAUACUAGUCUCCUCCUUUUAUACUCAGGUUGCAUUGAAAUACAAAUGGGGCGAUUGAGAUAUGCACAGAAUUUCCUUGUUGUUAUCAGAAAUUCUCCAUAGUUGCCUCUUUAUAUUUAACAAACCUGUAUUUUGUGCUCACGCAUCUCUGUUGGUCAAACAGAGAAAGUGAAGGCACUCACAGUUUGCGAUCACAGUUCAUCACAGUGAUGAUGACGAUGCAGUAAUGAAAAUGCAGUAUAUUGUUGUUUUAUAAUUCUCCUUUUGCCACACUUUUUUUUUCUUUUUCUGACACUUCUCCCAUCACACGCUGCUAUAAUGUAUGAACUCGCGUUAACACUUCUUAAGCCAUGAGUAGAUUAAAGACACUUCAAAGUCCCUCUUACUUUACAUAUAUAUAUAUAUAUAUAUAGUUUCUCAGAAUGUCAGUCCCACGUGCAGAUUUCAUCGAAUGCAGCUUGGUUUAUAACUCCCCUCGCACACUCCAGCGGAUUUGGGAAUGUACUUGGGGAUUAACCACAAACAACCUGUGCCUUAACGCGUGUGCCCCGUGCCAUACAACACUAGAGAUUCAGAAAACCAACACAAAAAGACUUGACUCGUGCACACACACACUUUUAGAAAACUGUUUGUAAACUGUUGAGAUUCAGCGACAAAGUACGGUGGGGGCCACACAUACAGGAAAAGAUGUCAUGGCAGAUUUUAUGAGAAUAUCCUCCACAGUGAAAUCGAAGUUCAAAAGUGAAACUGAAGCUUUGUUUUACAGUAACAAUGAAGGAUUUGCUUUAACGAAUGGUCAGACUUACAGAGGUAAAAGGUUUCAACGCAUAAUGGUUGAAACACUAGAGCCAGGCCCUUGUGGAGAGGUCGUGUAAAUGUGUGAUGUCUUCUUACCCUUAGGAAUGUCUGUUUUGUGUUGAAAUGACAAGGGAAGUUUUUUUUUUUUUUUUUUAACUUGUAUCAGGGAAACUUAGUCUUCCUUUGUUGAACUAGCUCAGGACAUAGAAAAGGUACUGUUCUUCCUUCUCUAGCUCUCUCGCUUACUCUCUCUGAGAUAAGCUUCUAGUGCUCUGCCUUACAGCACAAACACCCACAAUAGUGAUUAAUUUGACUUUAUUUUUAUAUCUCCAAAACAGGCCGAAAAUAAAUGAGUUACCGCGGGGGCAGCAGUCAUAAGAAUUAGAUGUUUGAUUUGAUUUUUCAUUUGAUUUUUCCUGAAUUUCCUGGAGUUUGUUUUUGUGGCUGUAGUGUCAUGCAAAGAGAAAACGGAGACUGUCUAUGGAUGUGCUGUUAAUGUGUACUGUGGCUUGGUAACAAUACUGUAAAUGUUUGAUGAAUGUAUAUCUAGUCAUUUAAACAAUGAAACAAGUUGUCAUUGACCGGGUGUCAAAAUAAAAUGAUUUUGAAAUUC